GGAAGUGUCCCGCUCUCGGUCCGCGCCCCUGCCGUUCUCUCCUCAGUCGCUCUGCAGCUCGUUCGAGCCACUGCUCUGCCUCCGCCCGCCCGCCCCCCCGCCCCCCCGCCGCCGAGAGCUCAGGGAGAACAUGGAGCCCGAGAACAUUUUCCUCUUCGUGCCCAACCUAAUCGGAUACGCCCGGGUGGUGCUGGCCCUGCUGUCCUUCUACCUGAUGCCGUGCUGUCCCUGGCCCGCCGUCUUCUGCUACCUGCUCAGCGCCCUGCUCGACGCGUUCGACGGCCACGCCGCACGGGCGUUCAACCAGUCCACCAAGUUCGGCGCCAUGUUGGACAUGCUGACGGACCGCUGCGCCACCAUGUGUCUGCUGGUCAACCUGUCGCUGCUCUACCCCUCCUACACCUUCCUGUUCCAGCUCAGCAUGUGUCUGGACAUCGCCAGCCACUGGCUGCACCUGCACAGCUCCACCGUCAGAGGAUCAAACAGCCACAAGACCAUUGACCUCUCUGGAAACCCGGUUCUGAGGAUCUACUACACCUCCAAGCCGGUGCUGUUCGUCAUGUGCGCCGGGAACGAGCUCUUCUUCUGUCUGCUCUACCUGCUGCAUCACAUCCCGGAGCCUGCAGCCUGGCUCUACUGGCUGCAGGGCGUCUGCGGCGUCAUCUGCCUGCUGAAGUCGGCCAUCAGCGCCGUGCACCUGGUCACCGCCUCGCAGAACAUGGCCGCCAUGGACGCCGCCGAGCGGGCCGGCGCCGCCAAGACGCAGUGAGACGAGACCAGCCGGGGCCGACGGAGGCUGACGGAGGCUUCAGACCACUCUAUGACCAAAUCAUGUCGGCGUGAGGAAGUCCAGCCCGGGGAGAAUCCAGUCCUGAUCCUUAAAGCUCGUUUUGAUCCUCAGCCUCGCCGUGUGAAAAUGGCGGCUUUUCCGUACUUGAAGCGACACGAAAAACGUCUUGAAACUCUUGAAAACCUGUUCAGUUUUGAGGGAUUUUUUUUUCUUUCUUUUGUCCAUCUGACAAACUCGCACCUGCUCAGACAUCAGCCUCUCAUUCACAACCAAUCAGCAAAUUCAAAUUAAACAGCCAGGCUGGGGGGCGGGGCUUAUGUCACUUAGAAUGAAUUGGGCGGGGCACAAAGGCCUGUUGUGGCCACUUUUAUUUAGGAAGCCCUGAACAAAAACAGAUUUACUUCUUAAUUUAUUUUCUCCUUGAGAUGAACUCAGACCAACUCUUCGUUCUGUAGCGGUUAGACUUUUAGUUGAGUGAAUGUGUUGACUAGUUUGGUUUCAGUGGUUGAAAGGCCGUGCUGGUGAGUAGCUGUGAGUCUCUCACUUUGGGGGGCGUUUCGGUUUUUAGUGAACUUCUAAGCUUUUCGUUUGUGAACCUCGUGCAGAGCACCAAGUAUUACUGUCCGUUUGUUUUUUUAAAAUAUAGAUUUUAAUAUGGAGCUCAUGUUCUAGAAUGUAUUACUUUGAAGAUGUAGACAUAUUUACAUGUGUAUAUAUAUAUUUAUAUAUAUAUAUAUAUAUAUAUAUGAUAUAUAUAUAUAUGUGUGUGUGUGUGUGAACACCACAGCCAUAUCUAAUGUUAUAUAUAAGAGAAAUAAAGUGGAGUCAUUUAAAUAUUUAA